GUACGAGACAAGAAACAUGACCGCCUCUAACUGUAUCAUUUAAAUUUUAUGAAAUGGAAACAUCAGAAAAUGUCCCUCCUCAUCAUAUCGACCAUCAAGAAAUUUUAGCUUUGAAGAAGCUAUUAUGGGGCGCAACAAUCAAAUCAGAAAUAUUUCACCGUUGGGAUCAAGGUUACUUAUGUUUUCUCUCUUUUUCGCAGUAUUCUUUAUUUUCGUUGACAAAUAGGUUUCGAGUUCAGUGAGAAUGAACCAAUUGCUUUAGUGCAACAACAAGGGGGCCCAUGUGCUGUAAUAGCAUCGACUCAAGCAUUUUUGUUGAAAAACAUAUUAUUUUCCGAUAAUAAACCUGAUACAAAUUGGAGGGGUCUAGAAGGUUUGCAUUCUUACAUGACAUAAAAAUUAAUAAUUCUUGCCAAAUUGUAGAUAAUGAAAAGUUAUACUUCCUGGCAAAUUCUAUUUGUGAUAUGCUACAUCAGGUAUCGACAAAUGGACAAUACUGCAUCGUUCAAUUUGAUUCCGGAAAUGAUUCGAACAUGAAAAUUGGCCAUGAAGAAUUUCACUCCCGAUUAAAAUUAAUAAAAUGCACGUCCUCAAAGGAAGCCAGCAAAGUAAUUCAAAAUUCCAUUGCAGAGUAUCUAUGCCAGUUCGGUGUCCUUCUCCUUAUGUACUCAGUAUUACUUACGAAAGGCUUAGGAAUUGUUAAGAAGGAAAUGGAGGAUUCUUCUGAAGUAUUGAUAGACUCUAUUCAUGGUCAUGGAAGUCAGAGUCUUAUCAACUUGUUAAUUACUGGCAGUGCUGUAACAAACUUGUGGGAUGGAGAGAGAGAAGUUUGCGGUUUAAAAUUGCAGGGCAUCCCUUCGCGUUCACCUAUCGGAUUUCUCACACAACUGGAGCAUCUUCGUUAUACUGAAGUAGGAUGGAAUUUAAAGAAUCCUGCUUAUCCAAUAUGGAUAUUAGGAAGUGAAACGCAUUUAACAGUCCUUUUCUCGCUAGAGGAAACUCUGGUAACUCAUGAGACUCAAGCUCAAACCGCUCGACGAACGUUUGCUAGAUUUGAUACUGAAUGUAAUGGAUUUAUCACUAUAGACAAGUUUGGAGAUUUACUUAAAAGUCUCAACCUGGAAUCAGCUCCCGAUUAUGUAAAUAUAAUGAAAAGCAGAGUGGAUGAAGAGGGUCUGGGUAUAAUUAUGCUAUCUAAAUUUAUGGAGGAAUUUUUUCCAAAUGAGAAGGCAGAUAAAUCUGUAACAAAAUUUACGCUAUUUCAUGUAAAUUGCUUGGCGAGAUCAUCCACUGAAAAUAAAGUUGAAUUUAUUGAGGGUCAGGCGGAAAUUUGUGAUCUUCCUGACGUGCAAGUCUUGGGUGACACAUCGAAUAUUCGGACAUGCUUGAUGACCAAAUGGCCCACAAUCGAAUUAAAAUGGAAUAAUAGUCGUGUACCUUCUUUAAAUUAAAAAACUGGUCGUAUAAACGAGUUAUGCAAAUACGUUCAACUCGAGAGUAGAAAGUUUAAAUAAAAUAAAUUUGUCGUUUACAUUGCUUCUAUUUUUCAACUAGAACUUUUCAUUUUCUUUCUUUUUUAAAUAGACUGUUUGUAAAAGUUCGUCGAGAAAGUCAUCAAUCUUUAAAGAUGCAUCUUGAAUUUCGUCGCGAGAUUUUGAUAGUGCAAUGAUAGGAAGCUUCCUUAGCGUUCUUCCACUGAGUCCCUGACAACAGUGAGCAAUUCUAUGAAUCAUCUGUGCAUACUUAGGAGUAUCUUUAUUACAAGAUUCAAACCAAUUGAAUCUCUUAUAUUUUAUAUUAGGCAAGGCCAAUAUUCGACAACGAAUCAGCUCCUCAACUGAAGAACAUAAUAUAUUGUAGGCUGAUGCAGGACUUGGGUUAUCAAUAAAUAUUUUCAUAUCUGCUCGGUCUGCAAAUGCUUCGUCUAUACAUUUCGUUACAUUCGAAGUUGCGAGGACCAAAACAUUGCGAUGACGACGAAGUUGGUCGAGUUGUGUUAAAAGUGCAUUAACCGCUCUAAUUGAAUCGCCAGGGUCAUUUGAAGAGGCUUGCCUCAUCAUCGCAAGACUUUCUACUUCAUCAAUUAAAACUAUUAACAAUGUUUGUGAAUCGAGAGCCGCUAUUUCGUGCAAACGUGCAAAAGUUUUAGAUAUCAAUUUCCCGCUUUCACUAAACCACUUCGAGAAUAAGCUAUGGCUAUUUAUCUCUAAGAGUUCAGCACUAGUGAAUCUUUUUUUAAGCCUUAUUGAUAGCUUAUUUGCUAAAGCUUUACAAAGAGAUGUUUUCCCUGUUCCUGGAGGUCCAUGCAAAAGUAACAUUCGAUUACACGUAACAACGUUAGAGUCGACUCCCUUAUCUGCCAAAACAAUGGUUGUAGCUGCCAUAUCCAGUAACUUUUGCUUGACAUCACUGUCAAAUAUUAAAUUAUCCCAUAAAUUGUCAAACUGAACUGAUGGUAGUGUAUAAAGAGUUGUUCCAACGAUACCUUCUUCUAUUUCUUCACAGUAAGGAUCUUCAGUUUGACAAGAAUAGAUAUAGGUUUUUCUGCUUCCGAAAACAUGACCUUCGAAAGAAAUUUUCUCAAUUUCAUCUUUCAAAACUGGACAUGAGUCAAAAGAGUCAAUAGUAUUUCCUACAAAUUCUUUUGAGCAUUGGUUAUCAAGAUAGUCGUUAACUAAAUCUUCGAUGUAGUCUUCUGAAGCGAGACUUUUUAGUUUUUGAAAAACCUCAAUAUGUAAAAUAUUUUUAUUCUCCAUGAAUCUAUUCUCCAUACACACUGAAGAGUGACAGUCACACAUGUUGCUAUCAUUUUUUUCCAUUUCUUUAAAGGUAGUCUGAAAGUAAGUCUUCAGGCGGGUCAACGUUUGAAAAUUGCUGGUAACGGAAACGGAAAUGAAAAUAUAUAUCACUUUUGAGGGGUUAUUCCUAAAUUUGGCUGAAUUUGUGUUCACCAGAAAAACUUCAAUUUAUAAAAUUUAGUAUUAUCAUUUUUGUGUCCUUGAGAACAAAACUAUAAAC